CUGAGUGUUGGAUUAGGCAUCUGGAGAAAAGAGACAAGUGCUUCUAUGAGUUGAAAUUAUCUGUCUUGAGAAGCUGGUAGAUUUUUCUAUUGAUUUAACCAUGGGUGAAAAUGGGGAGAAUCAUUCAGUGUCUCAAGAGAGUAAAUCCAAGAAGCUUGAUAGUAAAAAUAAUUCAGGUGUUCCCAAGAGUGAUCUUUGGACUGAUGGGAUUAUUUGUGCCUUUGAGUUUAUGCGAGGUCCGAAAAAACAUGUUGAUUCAAAACAACUGGAUAAAGGUUACUUGAAGCAAGAAGAUGAACCAAUCAGACAUACUUUCCCUGGUCAUAACCCGUUUGUUGAUUCGUCUGCCAGGUCGAGGUCUGUAUCUUCUUUGGAUUUUAAAGAGGCUCAUGUGCUUCCAUCAGGACAUGUUGAAAGAUAUGAGGGAAGUCAUUGGGUACCUAUUGGUUGGACUAGAAUAACUGAACUAGUUCAAAUGGUGCAAGUAAACGCGGAGUGGCCUAACCUGGAGUUAAUGGAUGAUGAAGAAGAUGUUCCUGUGACAGAUUUAGCGGCUCCGUAUUGGGAACGACCAGGUGGCCCCACAUGGUGGUGUCACUUGACUGCUGGAAACUCUUUUGUUGACGGAUGGCUCAGAAGUGCUACAUGGUUGCAUCCCGCAAUUAGCCUUGCAUUGAGGGAUGAGAGUAAGCUAAUAAGUGAACGGAUGAGACAUCUUCUAUAUGAGGUUCCAGUAAGGGUGGCUGGGGGUUUAUUGUUUGAACUUUUAGGACAAUCAGUCGGUGAUCCAGUAAUCAGUGAGGAUGAUGUACCCGUUGUUUUUCGCUCUUGGCAAGCGAAGAACUUCUUGGUAUCUGUGAUGCACAUAAAAGGAAAUGUAACGAGUACCAAUGUCCUCGGUAUCACUGAAGUAGAGGAGCUGCUUUAUGCAGGAGGUUAUAAUGUACCAAGAACGGUUCAUGAAGUUAUAGUCCACUUGGCUUGCCGUCUUUCUCGAUGGGAUGAUAGGUUAUUCCGUAAAUCCAUAUUUGGUGCAGCCGAUGAAAUCGAAUUGAAGUUUAUGAACAGGAGAAACUAUGAGGAUUUGAAUCUUUUCAGUAUCAUUCUCAACCAAGAGAUCAGAAAAUUAUCAAGACAGGUCAUCCGAGUGAAGUGGUCACUACACGCGAGAGAGGAGAUUAUCUUCGAGCUUCUCCAGCAUUUGAGGGGAAACAUAGCUCGGCAUCUGUUAGAAGGUUUGCGAAAGAACACAAGGGAAAUGUUGGAGGAACAAGAAGCAGUUCGCGGGCGUCUCUUCACAAUUCAAGAUGUCAUGCAAAGCAGUGUCCGUGCUUGGUUACAGGACAAAAGCUUGAGAGUAAGCCACAACUUGGCCGUGUUUGGAGGAUGUGGUCUUGUGCUUACCAUAAUCGUAGGACUGUUUGGGAUCAAUGUGGAUGGUAUCCCGGGGGCGCAGAACACACCUUAUGCGUUUGGUCUAUUCACUGUACUUAUGGUUCUCCUUGGAGCUAUUCUGAUUGUGGUUGGUUUGGUUUACUUGGGGCUCAAAAAACCCAUUACAGAAGAACAAGUUGAAGUUAGAAAGCUGGAGCUACAAGACGUGGUUAAGAUAUUUCAACACGAAGCAGAGACUCAUGCCCAACUCCGUAGAAACAACCUUUCUCCUACUGCUGGAGAUGUGUUUGAUGCUGAUUAUAUUCUCAUCCAGUAAACAAACUUGGAAUCUAAUUUUCUUGUUUUGAUACUACUAAAUUUAGAGACAUGUCAAAACAAUGUUGUUGCAUAAAAGACACAUAAAAGUAGUCUGAAUCA